GGUCCAUUUUAGGUGCUCAACAGAGGCAGAGGGGGAGGUGGUUUCGUAAACCGCAGUCAUUCUGGUGGACCCACCGAGCAACUACAAAGCCCACCUUAAAAGACAUUCAGCCAGAGGGGAAAAGCUCAUCCUGCUUCCAAAGUCUCAAGAUUAAAAUUCUUUGGGAGAGACGCAGCUAAAAUAACCACAAAGCCAGAACAAAAAACCCCCCUUGGAGGAAACACUGAAAGUGUUGGAGGUUGUUUAGUCAACACACACACCACAUACACCACACACACAGUUGCUUAAGGCUUCAGCAUGUGAUUCAGGACACAGAAAGGGGACAAAUCCUUUUGGCCAGGUACAAUGGGGAGCUCUGCUUGUUACGGCCGAAGGCAAAACUCUUGCUGGUGGCUGGGCAGAGAAAUUGCAAAUAUCCCUUGUUAAAAACCUCUUUCUCGUCAGCCGAGGUAUAAAUCCUAGGAACAGCAGGAGAAGCCAGGUUUUCUUCCAAGCAGGGAACAAGCCUGGACCUGCCUCUUUUCCUACUUUGGCCAGACCAGGAAACGGAGGGAGACCCACCGCACCUUGGUGGACACCAACCAAUGGGAGAGAGGGGAGGAGAUUGGUGGCUGCUGCCUUGGAGAUGAGGGAUCAGCUGUCCUGCUCUCCUGGUAGCCCAUAAAAACAAGAGCGAAAGCACAGCUAGCAAGGGCCGGCCAUCCCACGGCCGGGUCCAGAGAAGCGGAAACCCCAGAGGCGCUCCCCAUGGGCAGAGGGCAGGGAGAGGGCCGCUUCUGAGCUAUGGCCUCUGGAGAGGCGCCUCUUGGGGAGCGUGAAGUGGCAGGAGGCCAGAGUCUCAGCUCAGACACCUACCUGCCUAAGCUCCUAGAGGGGCUCCAGAACCUCCGUUCCCAGAAUGCCCUGUGUGACGUGGUGCUGGAGGCCGAGGGGGCCUCCUUCGCUGCCCACAGAGCCAUCCUUGCCGUAGCCAGCAGCUAUUGCAAGACGCACUUCGCCAGGGAGGCGGCCGGCCGGGCAACCCCACUCAAGCUGGCGCCACCGGUGACCGCCAGGGGCCUGCAGGGCAUCUUGUCUUUCCUUUACUCCAACCGGCUGGAGCUGACUCUGCAGACGGUCGAGGAGGUCUUCCGGGCAGCUGAGGUGCUGCUGGUGCGCGAGGUGAUGCGCCUCUCCUUCCGGUUCCUGGAAGGAGCCCUGGACCGACACACCUGCCUGCCCAUCCUUCGCCUCGCUCGGCGGCUCGGCCCAGAAGGACUGAGGCUAAAAGUGCAGCGCUGGGUCGGCAAGCAUUGCGGACACCUCCUGAAGGACCCUGCACAGCUGAAGGAGCUGGACAGGGCAACGCUUUGCGAAAUGCUGGACGGAGGAGACACCCAGGGACUGAGCGAACUGCAGCUCUUUCAGGCCGCCGUUUGCUGGCUGGAGCACAACGGCUCCCGCCAGGAGGAUGCAGCCGAGGUCCUGGGCCACAUCCGUUUUCCCUCCAUUCCGCUCCCAGACCUGCAGAGGUUCGUCCAGGAAACGCCCGUCAUGAGAACUGAACCUGCUUGCCGCCGGUACCUCCAAGAAGCCCUGGACUACCACAGCCAGCCGUACGUGCAGCCGCUUCUCCACAGCGAGGGCUCCCGGGUGCGCCACAGGAACGAGGCACUGAUGGUGCUGGGAGGCAGAUCAGCAGACAACGCCGUCUGCGGCGACGUCUGGGCGGCUGACCGGCACUGCCAUUCGUGGAUGGCUAUCGGGAAGCUGAGUGGGCCACUGUACAACCACUGUGUGGCCGUCCUGCACGACUUCGUCUUCGUGAUGGGGGGCCAGGAGAGCUUUGAUCCGACCGGCCAGGAGCCUUCCAAGAAGGUGUUCAGGUUUGACCCUUGCCACAAGACCUGGCUGCAGCUGGCCAGCAUGCUGGUCCCCAGGACUCGCUUCUACGCCGGGGCCCUGAACGAGCGGCUGGUGGCUGUGGGGGGCGGAGCACCUCUGGGGAUGCCGACCGACACGGCUGAGGAGUACCGCCUUGCCAAGAAUGCCUGGCGGCCCCUCCCGGCCUUCCCGGUGCCGGUGGCUGACCACGCGGGGGCAACGCACGGAGGCCUCUUGUACAUCUCAGGUGGGGAAGGGUCCCCUCCUGGGCAAAGACUGGCUACUCUGGGUUUGGGGCAGCCCCCUUCCCAGGCCUUGAAGGAACCCCGGCCCGUUUCCUUUGGCACAGGAGGCUUCGCCGAGGGCCAGACCUUGAGCACCAUGUACAGCUACCUCUCCCGCCUGCGCUGCUGGGUCAGGAACCGGCCGAUGGCUUUUGCCCGCUGCGAUCACGGCAUGGCAACGGUGGGAGACCGCAUCUUCUGCCUGGGAGGAAGGGCUCGGGCCAGCGUAGGUGGCAUUUGCUCCGUCCCUCUCUGGGCUCGGGACUCCCCGAGGCUCAGCCGGGUGUCCUUGGCGGUGCCCUCCGGUACCGCCCUGAGCUUUGGUUCUUUGUAGGGCCAGGAGUGGGUCCCCGUGAGCGAAGUGGAGUACUACUGCCCCGUCAGCGACCAAUGGACUCGGCUCCAUCUGCCGGCCAUCGA